AAAUAAAUAUCAUGAAUUAAGUAGUUUAUUUUAAUCUUAUAUAAUAGUUUAUUUUAUGUCAUUUUACAUUUUUAUCCUUUAGGUUGUAUUUAAAGGCAUUGUGCCUCACUUUGAAAAGGAAUCAAUGAAUGAACAAUUAUCUUCUUCUCUCAAAAACAAACUCUCAAUUUAUCUUUACAUUUCUCAUUUGUACCGAAUUCUGUUCAAACCAUUAGAAUUCCUACUUUGAGACUUGAUUCUACCGGUUUGUCCCUGAAUCUAAUUUAUCCGUUACAAUUGGUAUCUAGAGCCAUCGAUUUGGCGCGCUCAUGAUGGCUGAAAAAUACAAAUCCGUGAAAAUUUUGAGUGCUUUCGAAGUGGAAGAGAAGAUGGAAUUGGGUUUAUGUUUAUUAUGCGAUGAAAUUUUUACUCGAGAUCAUGCAUCGAAGCAUAAGCGCAUUCGAUUCAAAGUAGUAGAGAUGGAUGAGGAACGGGAUAAUGAUUUUAACCACCACAUCCCAGCUCCCUUUUCAUGUCCACCAAAAUCACUUUUACACUCCGAUUCAACGACAGUUUUCUCUAAUUCGACAUUGUCCGAUGAUUGCACAAAGAAGGCACAGCUUGAAGAAAAAGUUGUGGCAGAUUCAAAUUUAGAGAUGAACACAGAGAUGAAGAGUCUUGACCACGACUCUUCUUUCUUAAACUAUAGUAGCGCGGUUCCGAGGCUGUCACUCCAAGUGUUUAACCAUAUGCCCACAAUGCAGCAGUUGAAAUCCACAUCGUUGAACCAAAAACCAACUAUGACAGGAUCUAUCCCACUCUCAAAAGGUAAAAAUCAAACCUUCCAAUCUGCACAACAACAUUCAUCACCAUCCAAUCUGCAACUCUUGAGUAAGGUAAAAAUCAAACCACUGUCAUCUAACACAAUUGAUGUGUCUGCACAAUCAAUUUCUCUAAACCUCAACAAGCUCAAAUGUUUUGAUCCCGGUGGAAUGAUUUCUCUCUUGUUUCCUCCAAUUUCUUCUGUUUUUAUUUCGGUUCAAUUUCCAUCAACAAUGUCAUUGCCAAUACCUCCAGAACCACCUGAUUGGGUUGCGGUUCAAUCAUCGUCACUCAAUUUUUCUCUGUUGGUUACUACUGCAAAGCAUUUUUCAAUGUUGCAAAGUUCCCUCCAACUGUUUGAUGAAAUGCCAAAGGGCCACAUAGCUGUUUGGAGUGUCAUCAUCAAUAGAUGCAUGGAUAAUGAGCAAGCUGUUGAAUUUGAUUUGUCCAAAGGCAUUAAUAGGAUGUGUAUUAUGCCUAGUCACUAUACCUUAUUCAAUAUGUUGAGUUUAUACUAUUGGGAGUUUUGGUAUUUUGGAAGACACGCUCAUUAUGAAGCUGAGGUAACUAUGAAUUUUAUUUUAGAAUUAAAGGUUAGGAAACAUCCAGAUAAUUAUGAAGAUGAUUUUAACAUAAAUGAAUAUGGAUGUUGUCUUUAUAGAAUGAGUGGAACCUUACCUUGUGAUAGAUGUCCUGCUACUAAUCAUUCAAGGUGCAUAGGGGUGAUGGAUUCAUGGUUUCUGCACAAUAACUGUGAAUUUUGUCUUCUAAUUUUAGAGGAUUUAAAGGGAAAACACAAACCAAUUUAUUAUAGCCCACACAAUGCUUACAGCAGGGUAUUUCAAGAGUGGCACAUGCUUGGUGAUAGUAGAAAUUGCUUUGAGCUUUCUUGUGUUGGCCGCAUAUGCAUGAGAACUGAUGUUAGACAUAAGAAAAGUCACAAUCAAAUUGGUUGGAAAUGGAAAAAGGUUAGUUCGGUAUUGUUUUUAAAGCAAAUGUCACCCAUAAUUAUUUUUCAUAGAGAAAUGAUCAUGCCAAAGGAAUCAAAUGGUCUCAUUAGUACUCUAAUAUUGGAAGCAAAUGGGGUUGUGAACUUUAAUGAUAAAUUUCUGAAUAUUAGCAUUUUUAUUCCUAACCAAGAGGCCUAUCAUGAUAAAUCUCAACCAUAUUGGAAGAUAACACCAAUUACUUUCACAUCAGAUAUGAAGAUGUUACCUCUGGAAUGUUGUGAUUUAAGUUUUGGAAAUUGGGGGCUAAACUCACUUAGCUCAGUUCUUCAUAACUUCUCUAAGCUUCAAAUGGACUUUUUAAUAUUUGGAAAGAAGUUUGUAUUGAGGGGAGUUAAACCUCUAGUCAGUAAAUUGAUUCACAUAUCAUAUGCUCAAGCGAUCCCACAUAGCGUUCAACUGUGUUGUGUGUACAUGGAUAGUUUCAACAAUAAUUCGGAACUUCCUACUUGCAAUAUUCACAUGGUAAUUGAAAUGCAACAUGUUCACACUUGGAGCUGCUUGAAUGGUUUUUUUUAUGACGAGUGUAGUUCUAUUAUGGCAAAAAGUCAUUGUUAUUUUGGUGACAGGGCAGAUGGCAGAUGUGUUUAUUGUGUUUCUAAGAGGAAGAUGAUCUACAAGGGUAGUUUUCAUGCUCCUAAAGUUUUAACCAACUUGAAGGAUUGGCAACCGAAGAAUGGAUCGCGGAAGGUUGCUACUAAUGUUAGUUUUGUUGUGGCUAUUCUACAUAGGAAGAUGAUUAAUAGAGGAAAUGUUCGAGAUGCUAAAGUUCUAAGCAAAUGGAAAGUGUUGCCUCUUAAACACGGCACUUGUGAUUGUUCAUCCUUGAGGACAAGGAUGUUUGAAGGGGAGGGUAUUGUAAUGGGAAAUAAAUAUCAUGAAUUAAGUAGUUUAUUUUAAUCUUAUAUAAUAGUUUAUUUUAUGUCAUUUUACAUUUUUAUCCUUUAGGUUGUAUUUAAAGGCAUUGUGCCUCACUUUGAAAAGGAAUCAAUGAAUGAACAAUUAUCUUCUUCUCUCAAAAACAAACUCUCAAUUUAUCUUUACAUUUCUCAUUUGUACCGAAUUCUAUUCAAACCAUUAGAAUUCCUACUUUGAGACUUGAUUCUAUCGGUUUGUCCCU